AUGGGCCUCCACGAGGAUGAAGACCGCAAGUUUGCGGAGGAAGUUGAAGCCGUGAAGAACUGGUGGAAAGACUCCCGAUGGCGCUUCACCAAGCGUCCCUUCACAGCCGAGCAGAUUGUGGCCAAGCGUGGCAACUUGACCAUCGACUAUCCCUCCAUCGUGCAGGCCAAGAAGCUCUGGGGCAUCUUGGAACAGAACUGGCAGAACAAGGAGGCCAGCUACACAUAUGGCUGCUUGGAGCCCACAAUGAUCACGCAGAUGUGCAAGUUCCUGGAUACCAUCUACGUCUCUGGAUGGCAGAGCUCCUCAACUGCCUCGUCUACCGACGAGCCCUCUCCUGACCUUGCCGAUUACCCUAUGGACACUGUUCCCCGCAAGGUCAACCAAUUAUUCAUGGCUCAGCUCUUCCACGACCGAAAGCAGCGGGAGGAACGCAUCACAACCCCCAAGGAACAGCGCUCCAAGGUUGCCAAUGUGGACUACCUCCGUCCCAUCAUUGCCGAUGCCGACACUGGCCACGGUGGUCUGACUGCCGUGAUGAAGCUGACCAAGCUGUUCGUCGAGCGGGGAGCCGCUGGUAUUCACAUCGAGGACCAGGCUCCCGGUACCAAGAAGUGCGGCCACAUGGCCGGCAAGGUGCUCGUUCCCAUCAGCGAACACAUCAAUCGUCUCGUUGCCAUUCGUGCCCAGGCCGAUAUCAUGGGCAGUGACCUCCUCGCCAUUGCUCGCACAGACUCUGAAGCCGCCACCCUCAUCACCUCCACCAUCGACCACCGUGACCAUGCCUUCAUUGUCGGCUCUACCAACCCCAGCCUUCAGGCCCUGAACGAUCUCAUGGUCGCUGCCGAACAGGCUGGCAAGAAUGGCCCCGAGCUGCAGGCCAUUGAGGACCAGUGGACCGCCCAGGCUGGCCUCAAGCUCUUUGAUGAUGCCGUGGAGGAUGCCAUCAACGCCGGGACCCACUCGAAUAAGAAGAGCCUGAUCGAGCAGUACCGCAAGGCUGCCAAGGGCAAGAGCAACAAUGAGGCUCGCGCUAUUGCCAAGAACUUGACCGGAGUCGACAUCUACUGGAACUGGGAUGCUCCCCGCACCCGUGAAGGUUUCUACCGUUACCAGGGUGGUACUCAGUGCGCUGUGAACCGGGCUGUGGCGUAUGCUCCGUUCGCCGAUCUGAUCUGGAUGGAGAGUAAGCUGCCCGAUUACAACCAGGCGAAGGAGUUUGCCGACGGCGUGCACGCCGUCUGGCCCGAGCAGAAGCUUGCCUACAACCUCUCUCCCUCCUUCAACUGGAAGAAGGCCAUGCCUCGCGACGAGCAAGAGACCUACAUCAAGCGCCUGGGUCAGUUGGGAUACUGCUGGCAGUUCAUCACCCUGGCCGGUCUGCACACCACUGCUCUCAUCUCACACCAGUUUGCCAAGGCCUACUCGCAGAAUGGCAUGCGUGCCUACGGCGAGAUGGUCCAGGAGCCGGAGAUGGAACAGGGCGUCGACGUGGUCACGCACCAAAAAUGGAGUGGUGCCAAUUACGUGGAUAACCUGCUCAAGAUGGUCUCUGGCGGUGUGAGUAGUACGGCUGCCAUGGGUAAAGGUGUGACUGAGGAUCAGUUCAAAAACUAA